CGACGACGACAGUCCUCUCCGGGGCAGCCGCCGCAAGUUUGAUAACCGAACGCGUUAGUCCGAUCCGUCCGCUCGCGCCGUCAUGCCGGCCCGCAGACACAGUUCGCCGUCGUCGUCUUCCUCCGCCUCCUUCGCCGAUCGGUCUUCUGCGGUUCGCGCGUAGCCCGUCGCCCACGAACCCGAUCGCCGCGCCUUCGAUUCAAUUUCGAGCCCGGCAACAGAGUCUCAAAAAUAAUAAUCACAUCCGUUCUCGUAUCUGAUAUUUUUCCGAUUAAUAAUUCGUUCUUUUUUUUCUCUCUCUCAUUUCUCGACCGGUAAAUCGUUCUUGCAAUUGUAUUAUAUUUUGAAUAAAUGGCCAGCGCCUCUUAGCAUCUACGCGUUACGUUUGAAAAUCUGUCUGUUAUCGCACACGAUUCGCGUCAUGGUGGUCAGCAUGUCGUCGAGAUGCUACCGUCUCAGAUGUUUGCUAGUUCUGGCAACCGUGUUGCUGUGGUCCGCCGACCGGUGCGUCGGUUCCGAAGAGCUCGACAAUAACAACAACAAUGACAACGGCACGUCGAUCGCGACGACCGCGUCCGCUUCCGACCUGUCGUCGUCAUCGACGUCCUCACCUUGGGCUGACGCUGUACCGUCGGGCAACGAGACGUCCGCAGCAGCAACGUCGGUGGCCAAGCCAAGUAAGUUCGACGAGCACGUAGAAGACUGGCAGUACGUGGACGAGCCGCUGAAGAACGUCACGGCGGCCACGGAACUGGCGCCGUCCGCGGGCAAUUCGUCGUCCGCCGGCGCCACAGCGGCCAUGUGCAAGAUAUGCCUGCUGCAGGCCAAGAACAAGCCACGGCGCAACAAGCGCAACCACGACAACAGACUUUUCAAGAUGGCCACCAAGUCAUCGCGGCACCGCGAGCUGUACGCAGAACUGGUGGCCGCGGCCGCGUCCAAGCAGUCUUACCGGCGCAAGAGGUUCCGGCGUUCCGUAAGCGCAGCGACCGGACCCGUAGCGGCCGCGUCCGACGAGGCGGCCGAGUCGUCCACGUACAAGCAGUUGUUCCGGUACAAGCGGUACCGGCGGUCCGCGGCCGCGUACCCGAACGGCAUGAUCCGACCGUACCGUUACCACCACAACGUUAACGUGCACCAGCCGCAGCCGUACGGACAGUCGCUGGCCGCCGACCUGCAGCAGCAGCACAACAGACGCCGGCGGUACAGAUACGCCGCGGACCCGUACCAUCACAAACGAGCCGCGGCCACGGCUUGGGACCGGUCGGCCGAGUUUCGGCGCCGGUACCUCCGAUUCCCGCCCACGCACGACGCGCCGCCACCCGCCUACAACAACAUCAUCGGCACCAACAACAACAACAACAACAACAUCAACAACAACCCGUGGUCGCCAGCCAUCGCGGGACCCGGACUGCCGCCACCGUUGCAGGCCCAACAACAGCCGUUCAGCUACCUGCCCCAGUACCCGGUCCAACCACCACCCCCGCCGCCCGCUAUGGGACCUCGGAGCCCCAGGCUCGUGUUCCGCGACCCCGUGGACCAGGGCACGUUGCAAGCGCCGUUCGGCGGCGGGCCCAACGGACUCCAGGACCUCUUGGUCUCGCAACCCGACGACGCCAAAGAUGAAUGGACUGACUUGGACGUAGACAACAAACGCAAUAGCUUAUGUUCGUCAGGAAGCUGCGAAUUUUUGUUAACUUGCUGGAUGGCAUCCGGCUUCAUUGAGAGCACCUGUGGCGGCUUCCUGUACGUAUGUUGUGACCGAAAUUCCGCCAAAACGAACGAAAAUAUUGCUAUCAAUACUAACAGAGCGUCGGUACCGGUCGACUAUGGUCCAGUGAUUAACGAUCCCAGUUGCGGCGUUUCGGUGGCCAAACAGCAAGGAGCGCAGAGAAGAAUUGUCGGAGGCGACGAAGCCGGGUUCGGCAGCUUUCCGUGGCAGGCGUACAUUCGCAUUGGAUCCAGUCGUUGCGGCGGUUCGUUGGUGAAUAGAUAUCACGUAGUCACGGCCGGACACUGUGUCGCCAGGGCGUCGGCGCGACAGGUGCAAGUGACAUUGGGUGACUAUGUCAUCAACUCGGCGGUGGAACCGUUGCCCGCGUACACGUUCGGUGUGCGCAAGAUCAGCGUGCACCCGUUCUUUAAGUUCACGCCCCAAGCCGACCGAUUCGAUGUGGCCGUGCUCCGGCUGGACAGACCGGUGCAGUACAUGCCGCACAUAGCGCCCAUCUGCCUGCCGGACAAGGGCGAAGACUUCCUGGGCCACUACGGAUGGGCCGCCGGAUGGGGAGCCCUGCAAGCCGGUUCUAGACUGAGACCGAAGACGCUGCAGGCCGUCGACGUGCCGAUCAUCGACAACAGACAGUGCGAGAGGUGGCACAAAUCCAACGGCAUAAAUGUCAUAAUCUACGACGAGAUGAUGUGCGCCGGUUACCGGGAAGGAUCGAAGGAUUCGUGUCAAGGCGAUUCGGGCGGACCGUUGAUGUUGGAGAAAACCGGCCGCUGGUACCUGAUCGGCAUCGUGUCAGCCGGUUACUCGUGCGCUCAGCGCGGACAGCCGGGGAUCUAUCACAGGGUCGCGUUGACGGUCGAUUGGAUUUCCUACAUAAUCAAUUCGUCGCAGUAACGAGACUCGGCAGCAGCCCUUCGACCAUUCCCACCGUGUCGACCAAUCUCCGGCAACGAAGACGGCGACGGCGACGACUGGCCAACACGUUUCGAUUAUUGCAUUUCCGAACUAUUUAUGACGACGUGUGUGUCACUACUAUAUCGUAUAUGUGUAUUGAACAACACGCACGUAUGAUAUAUAUUAUAUAUAUAUUUAUACGUAUUUUAUUUUAUUUUAUUUUACACUUAUUAUUUUUAAUAAUAUUAUUUUAUUUUUAUUUUAAUAACAAAAAAAAAAUCAUAUUGGACCCGACGGCGACGUGAGGUCGCGGUAAUUUUUAAUAAUAUUAUUGUGUUUUUUAUUUUAUUAUUAUUUUUUUUUUUUAUAUAUUAUUUAAAUUAUUGUAUCACAUUAUUAUUAUUAUUUUUUCUUUCGAAUAUUGUUUCGCUUUCGAACACCCGCGACCGCGAUCGCACAGCCGCCGCAGCGGUCUCGCGAUAUAUAUUGUUAUUAAUGCGUGUAUAAAUGUGUAUAGUGAAUAAUUUUACGUGUACAAUAAACUCACAACGUGGCUGUAAUAAUAGAGUAAUUAAUUUAACAACAGCUUAAUAAGAGUAUAAUAUGAAAAUAAAACACAAAAACCGAAAA